GUAAGUAAGAGGAUACGGACCAAUAUUUUGUAAAUGGAUCCAAACCCGCCUAAAGGAUUUUGCAUGGGCUUCAUUGUGCCAAAUGAGUUGCUUCAUGCAAGUCGCUGCACCUCCAUCUCAUCUCCCGCCAAAUUCAAGUUCUAACUCAAACCACCAUAAUUCCAAAUCGCAGUACCGCAAGCACACGAUUUCCCUUUUGCAGAAAUGCAGAAAUGCUAACCAAAUUGCUCCAAUUCACGCAAAUGUCGUUAAAAAUGGCCAAGAACACGACUAUUUCAUUGUGUUUGAGCUUCUUCGCGUUUGCUCCAAAUGCGACGCCAUUGAUUAUGCUCUCAAGAUUUUCCAAAAAAUCCAGGAUCCUAAUGUCUACCACUAUACCGCGUUGAUUGAUGGGCUUGUGUUAUCUGGGUCGUAUUAUCAUGGUAUCAGGAUGUAUGUACAUAUGAUUGGAAAUUUUGUAUACCCAGAUAAUUUUGUUAUUAAUUCGGUGUUAAAGGCGUGUGGGCUUGAACUGGAUUUGAGAAUGGGUGAACAAAUACAUGCUCAGGGUUUGAAACUUGGGUUGUGUUCAAAUCGGCAGGUUAAGUUAAAGUUGAUUGAAUUAUAUGGAAAAUCUGGAGAAUUUGAGGAUAUGAAAAGGAUGUUCGAUGAAAUGCCGGAAAGAGAUGUUGUGGCAAUGACAGUGAUGAUGUCCUCUUACUUUGAACAUGAGUUGGCUGAAAGGGCUUGUGGUAUUUUUGAUUUGGUGAAGGCUAAGGAUACAGUAUGUUGGACAGCAAUGAUUGAUGGGCUUGUAAGGAAUGGAGAAAUGAGCAAGGCAUUAGAGUAUUUUAGGCAGAUGCAGAGGGAAGGUGUUAGAGCUAAUGAAUUUACCAUUGUCUGCGUGUUAUCUGCUUGUGCACAGUUGGGAGCAUUGGAGCUUGGUAAAUGGGUUCAUUCCUAUGUGGAGAAGUAUGAUAUCGAGGUUAAUCAUUUUGUUGGCUCGGCUUUGAUUAAUAUGUAUUCAAGGUGUGGGAGUAUUGAAGAAGCUGGGGAAGUUUUUGAGGGAAUGAAAGAGAGAGAAGCGAGUACUUAUAAUUCCAUGAUUGUGGGGUUUGCGCUGAAUGGGAAAAGCACACAGGCACUUGAAAUGUUCCAAAGAAUGAUAAAUGAUGGAACAAAGCCAACCAACAUUACUUUCGUUGGUGUUCUCAAUGCAUGUAGCCAUGGAGGUUUGGUGGACUUUGGAUUUGAGAUUUUUGAAAGAAUGCAAAUUGACUAUUCUGUAGAGCCACAGAUUGAGCACUAUGGAUGCAUAGUUGAUCUUCUUGGUCGUGCCGGUCAGGUUGAAGAGGCUUAUAAAUUCAUUCAAAAUAUGAAACUUACCCCAGAUCAUAUAAUAUGGGGAUCCCUGUUGAGUGCUUGCAAAGUUCAUGAAAACUAUGUUUUAGGGGAACAGGUUGCAAAAAUUCUAUUGAAUCAUGACUGUUCUGAUACUGGAACUUAUGUUCUGAUAUCUAACUUUUACUCUUCUUGUGGGAAAUGGAAAGAAGCUUUACUAGUUCGGGCAAAGGUGAAGGAAAGUGGUAUUCAGAAGGAACCAGGUUGCAGUUCAAUUGAAGUUGGCAAUGAGAUUCAUGAAUUCCUUCUAGGAGAUAUCAGACAUCCUCAGAAGAAAGCAAUCUACAGGAAGUUGGAAGAAAUGAACCAAAAACUGAGACUAGAAGGUUAUUAUCCACAAGUAGAUGUGGUAUCACAGGAUCUCAAGGAUCAAGAAAAAGAACAGGCUUUAGCCAUACACAGUGAGAGGCUUGCAAUAUGCUAUGGGUUAAUUUCCACUGAACCACGUAGCACUUUAAGAAUUGUCAAAAAUCUGAGAGUCUGUGAUGAUUGCCACACGACGAUUAAGCUCAUGUCUAAGAUUACUCAACGAAAAAUUAUAAUGAGGGAUAGAAAUAGGUUUCACCAUUUUGAAAACGGCAGUUGUUCAUGUGGUGAUUAUUGGUAGAAGGAUGUAUGCAUGAGCUCCUAAAUGUGGUAGAAAGGUAUGCUUUCACCUUUCUUGAGAUUAAGAUGGACAAUGGGGAACUCCUGUAUUUGUGUUAGUGCUUUAAUUUAUUUUGAGCAGCAGGAUACUUAAGAAUGACAUUUAUGGUGAAAUUUGCAUCACAUGUGGUACGUGUUGUGCUUUCGCCAUGGGUGAAGCAAAUGUUGACAGGAAUAUAAGCUUUUGAUGUGAGGGCAAUGACCGAUACUGGAUAGGCAACGAGUUGUGUAUAUAUAUCCUCCAACUAAAUUUAAAUUGGUAACUAGCCAAUGAAAGACAAGCUGAAUAUACAUAUUAUACUGUUUUCCUUCCAGCAAAUGCUUUGAAACUCCUACUUCCUCCAGAUCUGAACUUCAUAAUUGUUGCAUCUUUCUAUUAUUAUCGCUUGACGUGUUCUUGGAGCUUAUAACAGGACAGACCAAGCUGAUCAAGAACUUUUAGUGUCUAGUUCUUCACACAGGAAACUCCAAAAGGGCCGCAUCUGCACUCUGUUAUAGCUGAGCCUC